AUGGAGACUUUCAGACCGGUCAAACCAUUUGAUACAAAAGUAGACCAAUCUCAGCUAGCAACGGAGUGGAGGAAGUGGAAGCGCAGUCUAGAGUACUACUUGGCAGCAAGUGGGAUUACUGGCCAGUGUGAGAAGAGGAACCAGCUGCUGCAUCUUGGGGGACCGGACUUGCAGGACAUUUUUGAUAACUUGCCCGGGGUUCAUGAUGUUCCGCACGUUACCCCGGAUCCGCCCUUCUAUGAUGUAGCCAGCCAACAACUUGACUCUCAUUUCCAACCAUGCAGACGCCGAACGUAUGAAAGACACGUAUUCCGGCAAAUUUCACAACUUCAAGGAGAACGUUUUGGAGAUUUUGUGAUGAGAUUACGCGUUCAGGCUAGUCGGUGCGAUUUUGAUCAAGAAGGUGGCUCAGUAAUGGAGAGCAUGAUUAUUGAUCAGAUUAUUGAUCAGAAAUGCCUAUCGUCGGCUCUUCGCAAGAAAAUUCUGGAGAAGGAUAGAACGCUUGAAGAAGUAGUGGCUAUUGGAAAAACUAUCGAGGAUGUCGAGCAUCAGUGUAAGGAAAUGGUGCAAAGAGAUAUCGAAGAAAAAUCCGCAGCCGUCGUGAACAAGGUUCAUCAACAUAUCGCUCAUCCAUCGAAGAACCUCUUCUCGAACAACCGCUAUCAUCAGCCACAAGCGAAUCUUCGUAGGCAAAAUUUUCAAAACCAAUCGCGAUUCAGGUUCGAAGCCAAAAGAAAUUGGUCGGCUCCGGGGAGUCAGUUCAGCGUAACAUCAGCUGGAGGACGUCAACCAAACAACGACAGUAGAAUUUGUUUUGGUUGUGGGCGACGUGGCCAUCUUAAAAACAGUCCUUCCUGCAUUGCUCGGGAAGCGCAAUGCUUGAAAUGCAGAGCUGUCGGUCAUUUUGCAAAAUGGUGCACAAAAAGGUCAAGCGAUGAUUCCGCUCAGGAUACUCCACCUUCUAAGCGCAUCAAGACAGUUAUGGAAAACGAGGAAAAUCAGAAAAUGUACGGAAAUCAGGAAGCUCGCACGGAAAAGGAACAAGAUAUCUGUUUCGUAAUGGGUGGAAAUGUAUUCCGAUUCAAAGUUGGAGGCAUUGAGACUGUCAUGACGAUUGAUUCUGGUGCCGCAGCAAAUAUUAUCGACCUCAAAACAUGGCAAAUGUUACAGCGAUGCGGAGCAAAAGCGGAAUUCAACCCGAAAGUCGAUCGGUCUUUUAAGGCUUAUGGUUCUUCAAACCCUAUUGGAAUGCUAGGAAUGUUUGUAGCUGAAAUCGAGGCUGCUGGCAAUAAGGUUGAAGCGACAUUUUACAUAGCAAGUCACGGAAUGCAAAGCCUUCUGGGGGAUGAAACAGCAAAGAUGCUAAAGGUGCUGAAGAUCGGGUAUAAUGUGGGGUCGGUCCAAGAAACUUCGGCCGCUUUUCCGAAGAUUAAAGGAGUCAUCGUGGAGAUCCCGAUCAACGCAGAUGUUAGGCCAGUACAACAACCGUAUCGCCGGGCUCCAUUUGCAUUGGAGGACAAAAUUGGAGAGAAACUUCAAUAUUUGAUGCAUCAGGACAUUAUAGAGAGAGUACAGCAACCAUCGGCAUGGGUUUCCCCAAUUGUACCAGUGGUAAAGGACAAUGGUGACAUUCGUCUGUGUAUCGACAUGCGCAGAGCUAAUCAAGCUGUUAUUAGGGAGACACACCCAUUGCCAAUAAUCGAGGAACUAUUCGGGGGAAUAAACGGUGCGGUUCUAUUUUCGAAGCUGGAUAUAAAGGAAGCUCAUCAAGUGGAAAUUUCCGAACGCUCAAGAGACAUCACAACCUUUAUAACAAAACAGGGAUUAUUCAGAUAUAAAAGGCUGAUGUUCGGAAUAAGCUGCGCUCCGGAAUUGUUUCAAAAGGUGAUGGAGUCAGUGAUUGCUGGGUUAGAUGGCGUGGUCGUCUACUUGGAUGACAUAAUGAUUUGGGGGCGGACUCCUGAAGAACAUAAUCGUAGAUUGAAGGCACUCUUAGCCCGUCUCCAAGAAUAUGGAAUUCUACUGAAUAAGGAGAAAUGUGUUUAUGGUGUUCCCAUACUUGAAUUUUUGGGUCACGAGUUGUCCAGUUCAGGUAUCCGGCCAACAGAAAAUUUCUACCAUCAUUGGCAAAUACAACAGAACCUCUUCGAAACUUGCUUCGUACUGGAGAAAAAUUUGAUUGGCAAUUAA